AGUAGAUGGAAAGCAUUGAAUUGGCAAGUUUGACGAUGUAUGAGAACAUACCCUUAAAGUCCAAAAGUGUCCACGCGAAUCUCGCCAUAACAAUAAGAUAUAGGUAGUCCCUCAGCAUUAUUGCGUCUGCAUCAGCAGUUUGUUCGAAAAAUAAACACACGGGGCAACCCGAUGUUUGCCGGCGGGAGAUCGACCUGACGAAAUUGCGUGGGACAUCCCGGGGGAACGGCGCAAAAUGACUUCUCCGCAGAGCAGCCCAGCCUCGCCGACAGAGGUGAUAACUCUGGACACGAGCCUGGAGGAGAGCGUCAGCCAGAACGACUGCAUCGACGAAACUAACCUCUCCGAGAUCAUCCUGGACACGACGGAUGUCAUCUUCGACGGGACCUUGGCCCCGGGUGCAGCGCCUCCUGGUUUCGUCGUGAUCGACGAGGAGCGCGAGCCACCUACGCCAAUGCCCAAGAGGAAGAAGAAGACUGAGCCGAUUCUUAAGGUCGUAUUCAGAGACCCUGCGUCCUUUCGGAGCUACCAUAAAAGAAUUGAGUGUUUUCUAAAAGAGCUCGUAUCGUCAAAGAGCAGCAAGAGAAAAGUUGCGACUUCAAUAGAAGACUUGGUGCUUCAGAUAUUUGACGCCAAAGAUGAGCACGGAGAUCCAUCAGAACUUGAUUCAUCCAUAAGCAUAAUUGAAGAUAAACAUCCCAAUGAUCUACUGUUUACCAUUGAGAAUGAACCUAAAAUGCAAGAUGACCUCGACAUCCCUAUGUAUGGCAAGAAAUUUACAGGUCUUGAGAAGCCUAAAGAAGACAAAGAAAUCAAAGAAGAUUUUGCUCCAAAAAUGACUUGUUUCAAUUGUAUGGGCAAUCAUAGUCUACGCGAUUGUGAUCAACCCCGUAAUUAUGCAAACAUAAACAAAAAUCGCAAAGAACAUGCUGCAAAGAGGGGGCCUACAAAUUCCAGGUAUCACUUGGAGGAUGACCAAAAGUAUGGCCACUUUGUCCCCGGCCAAAUAAGUUCAAAUUUGCGCAGAGCUCUGGGCCUAAUGGAUGACGAACUUCCAAGACAUAUUUAUAGGAUGAGAUCACUUGGUUAUCCACCAGGUUGGUUAGAGGAAGCACGUCAGCAACAUUCAGGUUUAUCACUAUUUGAUGAUGCUGGAAAAGCGGAAGUAAACUCAGAUGAAGAAGGCGAAAUUAUAUGUCCAGGGGACAGAGAUAAAUAUGACAUAAAGAAAAUUAUUAACUUUCCUGGAUUCAAUGUUGAAAAUCCUGAAGGAGUGCAUGACGAAGGUAUGGAGUACUGGGGAUCUUCUGUACAAAUACAAUCCAGUAAAAAUGCUAUGAUAUCUUAUUUAAGUCACAAACAAGUUGACGACGGGUACAAACGUAAAAAAAUGCCGAAUGCUGCUAAUGCCAUAGUGAGGACAGAUGUUAAUCCAGGAGAAAUGGAGAUUGAUGAAGUUGAAGAUACACCAGUCGAAUGUGUGCCAGUUAAAAACUUAUUUAUACCUCCACUGCCAAAAGAUAACGGACCAGAACUACCACCACCUCCCCCAGGAGUGGAAGAUUCUGAAAGCCCAUCACAAGAGGACCUUUCCAAUCACUCAAAUGACGAAAGCACAGCACCAUCACCCAGAAACGAUUCCCCAUCAUUAGUUGAUCUAGAAACUAAACACAAACAAUUGCUUGCUGAAUUAGACGAAUCCAGUUCUCACUCGAAUCCGGAUUCCACUAAAACUAAAUUAUCUAAUCCAGGCUCAGUGGAGACGGAAGUACCUGAAGUAGAAUCGGCAAAUGCUAAGGAGUCCGAUUCAAAUAAAAUGAAUGUAAAUAAUUCUACUCCAAAAAAUGGAUCGAAAACGCAAACUAUCAAAAUCGUCAAGUCUAUACAUCUGGGUACGCCAAUAUUAAAAAGUGCCUCGCCUUUCCGAAAACUACCAUCUUCCGAAAAGUUUUCGAAAGACAUUUGUGACGUUAUUAACUUCGAAAACUUACCAGACGCUACUGGUAAAUAUGAUCAAAUGUCGGAAUUGUUGCAAAAAGUUCGAAGCGCAGUAGCAGAAUUUCAAAAGGAAUAAAACAGAAAUAGAAUUUGCAAUUGUCAGCUGCUUGUACGACAUUGUAUGUCAAGUUACAUUUUCCUUUCAAAUUGCAGCAAAAAUGCAUCAAUGCUGCGAUUUACAAAUUAAAAAAAGAAUGUAGAACUUUUUUUUACAAAGUAAUUUUUUAAUUUUAAUAAAAAAAGUUUUUGUACUCUAAGUUAGCAGUCUAAAGUCAACUAAAAUCGUUUCAAAAGGUAUUAUAUCAUAAUCUCAUAGACCCUGAAAAAAACUUUACUCAAUUUACUAUGGAUUAAAAAACAACUUUUAAAACCUCAAUUGACAUCUUUUUGUUAAGUGUAUAUAUUUAUAAUAUUAUCUGUACAAUAUAAUAAUAAUUCACAAAUGAUUUAAUAACGUUGUAGCAUGCAGAAUAAUUUUCUGCAAUACUUUUAUUUUAUUUUCAUAUGGAAUAAUUUUUAAAAGUUACAACUACUUGUUAUGAUUGUCAAAUAAUAUUAAAUUGAUAGAAUCUUAUAUAAAGACACAAUUUUUAAUUCUGCUGUAAAAAAUUAUUAAUCAUCUUGUACAACUUAUACAGGCAAAAAGCUUAUAACUUUAUUGAUAAUAGAUGUAUCAUAAGCAAUUUUCUAAGUCAAAUUAUAAAAAUGAGAAAUCGUAAUGAAUACCGACAGUAUAUAGCCGUAUCUCCUAUAAUCAUGGUACACAUUAAAAACAAUAUUUAUAAUUCAAUGACUUUGAAUGCGAAACGUGUCAAUCAUAUUUGUUUUUUCUUUCGACCAAAUUAUAUUCGUAUUUUUGUUGAUUACUCCAAAUAUUUAUGUCAGAAUCAGUCUCAAAGAAGACUCCAUUCUUGCCAACUUUGGUAGUAUAAUUUGUACAGUUUCGGCGUUGAAUGUAAUCAAAUGCAAAUUGGAUAAGAUUUUUAUAAAACAGUCUUUACCUUUUUAA